UAUUUGGGCAGUGUGGUUAAACUUUCAGUCAUAUUUCACCAGCAGUAGCCUGGGUGUUUCUGUCGGCAGUGUGAUUUGUGAUCUCCGAAACAUGCAGAACAUGGUGCGGCUCGGACUGUGGGUCUGGAUUGUGCUGGGCUCUGGGGUGUGUUCUGUCUCACUGCCAGAAAUCACUGAUGGGAACUUUGCAGAACAAUGUGUGAAGGAACACAACACGGCGCGGUCGUCGGUCCAUCCACCUGCAAGUGACAUGCUGUACAUGACAUGGGACGGUGGUUUGGCUGCCACUGCACUGGCGUGGGCCAAACAGUGUGUAUUUGAACACAACCCCAACCCUGUGCACCCUAGUUUCACCUCCAUAGGUGAGAACAUAUGGGCGGGUUAUCCACCAUCACAUUUCGAUGUGAGUGGAGCCAUAAAACUUUGGGUGGAUGAAAAGCAGCACUACCAUUACAGCAGCAACACAUGCACGAAGGUCUGCGGUCACUACACACAGGUUGUGUGGGCGAGCUCUGACAAGGUCGGCUGUGCUGUCCAGCGAUGUCCAAAUGGUGUUAGAAAAACCAGCUUUGAUACCACUGAUGGAGCUGUGUUUGUAUGCAACUAUGCUGCAGCGGGCAAUGUGAAUAGAAGGCGACCGUAUCAAACUAAAGGAGACGCCUGCUCUGGAUGUAAAGGCAGAUGUGUGGACAGACUUUGCCGCUCCAACUGGACCCAAGACCAGGAGCCUGCCCUGAACUCGGGCUCAGACUAUGUGGCUGUUGUAGUCGUCCGGCCCAUUGCCCUAAUCUGUACUUUCAUUGCAGCAUAUGCAGUUCACCACCAUUACCCUGACAUUUUCUGGUAUGAAUAGAGGUUAUGGUGGCUGGUCUAAAAAGAUAAAUAUAAAACUUUUAAUUCUAAGUCCGGAAGUGUGUGUGUGUGUGUGUGGGGGGGGGGGGGGGGGGAGAGAGAAGGAAAUGCAUGAAAUAAGUUAAAGGAGUACAGAACAUCUGAACGUGAAACUUUUAGUCAUUGCAAAAGUUUGAUAAUAUUACAAAUCCGGCUUAGAUUUUAUCUGCUGUGUGUGUAAAUGAACAAGCACAUUCACAAUGAUGUAAUAAAUUGGUUAAAAUAUGCCGAACUUUAUUUUGACGUUGAAAUAAAAGGAUUAGAUAAUUUUCACUGUCCUUUCCUUUAAUUUCAGUUUUUCAUUUGCCUCCUUAACACACACUGGUGUUCCAACGUGAAAAAUAGAUAUUUAGCAAAAUAUAAAUACUGACCAUACACAGUCAAAACUAUAGACAAAUGGAAAUGAAGGAGAUUUCACAGACUUUAACCUACACCUGUUCUCCUGAGGAUGACACACAGGACAGAAAAAGUGGAAAAUCUCUCACAUCAACAAUAGUU